UACUCACGAAGAAGGAGAAUAGACGCUAGGCUGGGCUUUAACGAUGAAACAUUUCGGUCACUGGAGAUAAACAAGGUCUGCAAACCAGCUUUGACUUCCUUUAGAGGUGACUUAGACACACAGCUGGGUCUUUUGAGCGGGUGUAGUUUACCAGAGAAGGGACUGCUUAUUGUCUUUUCAUUAUUGAGGUGGUUGUAAGAAAAACGAUUGAAGCUAAUGUUAGCUUAGCUAUCUGUUAAAUAUCUCUGACRGAACUUAACCGUUGUUUUUGUCUAAUAUUAUAUCACGCYAAACACACCACGAAUKUCUUCUCUAUUCGUAUUUAUGAGCUYGUUAUGAAGAUUGAGUUGUCAGUGAAUUGUUGCCACCCGUGUAGUUUUGGUUGUCCUCAUCAUCGAUUUUAAAAAUAGUUUCUCUCUAACUUUAGUUUGUUUCCCCCCCCCCUUUCCCAGCUGUUGUUUGUGUGAACAAUAUCAAUUUGCUCUCCGUCGUUGUAAGAAACUUUCUACAAUAAUUUGGACUGGAAGCAGAAAGGCGUGUCUCAGAUAUUUUUCUUUGGAUUGAAGACAUUGAAGACAAAUGUUUUUGAGUCAUGGAUCAAGGUGUUGUGGACAGUCCUGUCAUCCUCGUUAUCAAGGCUCCCAACCAGAAGUACGAUGACCAGACAAUCAACUGCUACCAGAACUGGACCGUGGAAAAGCUCAAAGCCCACCUGUCUGAUGUGUACCCCAGCAAACCAAGCUCCAAAGACCAGAGGCUGGUUUAUUCUGGGAAACUGCUUCUGGAUCACCUCACCUUAAAAGACGUCCUUCGGAAACAGGACGAGUACCAUAUGCUCCAUCUGGUGUGUGCCUCCAGAACCCCUCCCAGCUCCCCGAAGCCGCCCCGCAGCCGCGGUAACAAGCCUCAGGAGAGCGCCGCCGGUCCCACGGCCUCUCAGAGUUCUAACAGUGCCGGUCAGGUGGCUGCAGGAGAGGGCAGCGAUUGGCUGAGACAGCAGGCUGGAGCCUUCCCCUACCACCAUAUGUAUUCACAAUUUAUGCAUAGCUGGACUCAUCAAAUGGCAUCAGCCCCCAUAAACACGCCCUCCUACUACGCCCCCAUGACUUUGAUGUGGUGGCAGCAGCUGUAUGCAAGACAGUACUACAUGCACUACCAGUUACUGGCAUCUUCCUCUCAGCUCCUCCGACCCGACCAGCCCUCCGCUCAGUCCAGCCAGUCCGACCCUCUCAGCCAACGACCGCAGGCGGGUCGCCACGGAAACCCGGAGGUCCAGAUGAACGCUCAGGGUGGGGAGAUCCUGAACGAGGAGGAGCUCAACAGGGAUUGGCUGGACUGGGUCUACACAUUUUCUCGCGCUGCCAUCUUGCUCAGUAUAGUCUACUUCUACUCCUCCUUCAGCCGUUUUGUCAUGGUGAUGAUGGCCAUGCUGGUGCUCUACCUCCACCAGGCCGGCUGGUUUCCCUUCAACCUGGAAAACGAGCUGCAGCUCCCUGGAGACCGGCCCAAUCAGGAAGAAAUGGAGGCAGAACUGCAAAACCAGGACCUACAAGAAGUGGACGGAGUGAACGACGACGCCUCAGACGACGACGGGGAGAGCGGAGAGGAAGGAGCGGAGGAUCCUCACAGCGCCCCCAACGCCGGCUUCUUGUCCUCCACGUGGUCCUUCAUCGUCACGUUCUUCAUGUCGCUGAUCCCCGAAGGGCCGCAGAACGUUGCUAACUGAACCACAUGCAGCAGAAACGGAGGGUCUUCCUUGUUGAGGGAAACCAAUUUCCUCACGGUGCAGUGUUGUAGGUUCCCCGGUUGUCUGCUGUCUGAGCUUAAAUGACAAACCCAGUAAAAAAAAAAAAAAAGAA